AUUUGAAUUGACAUUUCAAUCAUGUCUGACGAAGAGAAGUCAACAGAAAAUCCAACCGAAUUAAAUAAAAUUGUUUUUAAAAAGAAACCCCGUAAAAAUAUCAAAUUACGGAGUAGAUCUGUCGAUGAAGAUGAAUCAGAAAACCCCUCAGAAGUAAUUUCAGGCUUGGAGGAGAUCAAGGAACGCCAAAGGCUACGAGAACGACCAAAUGGCGUGAGCAUAGCUGGUCUAGCUUUGGGAAAAAAGUUAGCCUUGGAAGAAGAGAUCACGAUUAAUGAUCCAUUCAACACAAAAUCUGGUGGAAUGCUUAAUAUGCAAGCUCUGAAGGCUGGCAAAAUCAAGGAGGCAGACGAUGCCUAUGAUGUUGGCAUUGGUACACAAUUUUCAGCCGAGACAAAUAAGCGUGAUGAAGACGAAGAGAUGAUGAAGUACAUUGACGAGGAACUACGCAAACGAAAGGGUGUCGUCAAAGACGUUGAUGAACAGGAAGCUGACAAAACAAAGUACAUGACUCCUGAGGAAGCAGCUUUAUCGGCUUUACCUGAUCAUCUGCGUCAGAGUUCAUCAAAUCGAUCUGAGGAAAUGUUAUCCAAUCAAAUGUUGAACGGGAUUCCAGAAGUAGAUUUGGGUAUCGAUGCAAAGAUCAAGAAUAUUGAAGCUACCGAGGAAGCCAAACAGAAAUUAGUGCAGGAACAAAAAAACAAAAAAGAUGGACCCUCAGUGUUUGUACCAACAAAUAUGGCUGUGAAUUUUAUGCAACACAAUCGAUUUAAUAUUGAAGAUGCUGAACCAAAGAAAAGGAAAAAGCCAGUGGAACCUGUGGACAAAACAACAGGAACUAAAAAAGCCACUGAUGAUUAUCAUUAUGAUAAAUUUAAGAAACAAUUUAGGAGAUUUUAAUUUUUUGAUUUCAAUUUUUUUUUUAAUGAAUAAAACUAAACAUAAGUAGAA